AUGGGCUUAACUGGCUCACCAUCAGACAGAGACAGAUGGUACAAAUCCUUCUUACCGGAUACCGUCACUGCAAGUGAAUCUGAUUCCAGAAUGCUGUAUGCGUCUAGCGAGGUGAUCGAUGGCUUUGCUGCAAUACUCACCCCUGCGAAAGUAGAAUCGAUGAUGACCAAAGAAGGCUUCCUGCAUGCCUACCCAGAUGAACUUCUAGCCUUACAAACCACACAUUCCCCUCGAUUCCUGGGGCUUAGCCCAAAGCAUGGGAUUUGGCCUAAUACUCGGUUUGGAAAAGGAACCAUCAUUGGUGUUUUAGACACUGGUAUAUGGCCGGAGCACCCAUCUCUGAAUGACAUUGGGAUGUCACAACCGCCCAAGAAGUGGAAGGGGUGGUGCGUGGAUGCCGGCCCUGACUUCAACUCAUCUCACUGCAAUAAGAAGCUAAUAGGUGCCCAAGUAUUCACCAAGGGUGCCCUUGCUGCAAAAGCUAAUGUCUCUGAUUCACCCCGUGAUGAUGAAGGACAUGGCACGCACACUGCCACGACUGCUGCGGGACAAUUUUGUUCCUGGGGUGGAGUUGUUCAACAGCAUCAGGGGCACGGCGUCAGGCACAGCCCUCCUUGCGCACCUUGCAAUCUACAAGCUGUGCAGAAAGGCAUCCUUGUGAGUUGUGCGGCAACGAAUGAUGGACCUGAUGAGGGUACUGUACGGAGUACAGCACCUUGGGUCCUAACAGUUGGUGCCAGCACGAUGGACCGCGAACUCUGGGCAGACACAAAGCUUGGUAAUGGGCAAAUCUUUACUGGCCAGUCUCUCUUUCAACCAAAAGAUUUCAAGCCCACACUAUUCCCUUUGGUGCAUCUCUUCUCUGACCCAAAAUGCAAUGGCAACCUAAGUACAACAGCCCUCUCUGGUAAAGUGCUACUGUGUGAGGACGGUUGUGGAAUGAUAAGGGCCUACUUAAACUCCACCAAGAAUCCAAAGGCAGGGGUUGUGUUCAUGGGAUCAGUCUUUGAGAAAACAGCAGCUCCUAUGGUGUCUGCGUUCACCUCAAGAGGGCCAAACAUAGUAAGCCCAGGCAUUCUAAAGCCGGACAUUAUAGGGCCGGGUGUGAACAUUGUAGCAGGCUGGCCAUCAAACUUAAGCCCAACUGGAAUCGAAGAUCCAAGGAGAGUUGUUUUCAACGUGAAGAUUGGAACUUCAAUGUCAACCCCCCAUCUCAGCAGCAUAGGGGCUCUACUAAAGGCUGCCCAUCCGGAUUGGACCCCAGCAGCCAAAAAAUCGGCCUUGAUGACUACAGCUGACAUUCUAGACAAUAAGGGGAAGCCCAUAAAAGAGCAUGACAUGAUCUGGCCAAUGUCUUUGCCUUGGGUGCAGGUCAUGUAA